AUGUCUGAUCCUCCUUAUGGAAAAGAUAUGUGCAACUACUGUAUGAAAGUGUUUGGACGGGAUAAUCUGCGCACCUGUGCUCAGUGCCGGUUCGUCAGAUAUUGCUCAAGAGGAUGUCAACGCGCCGCUUGGUCUGCCCAUAAAAAAUCUUGCAAGACUACAAAAGACCUCCGCGAGGUCACGGAAAGUGACAGAGACAUACACAUCGCUAACGAAAAACUUUCGAAAUGGAUGAAUACAUGGAGAAUGUCCUUGACCAGCUGGUCUCUAUGGGCUCUAUCACCAAAUGCGUCGGAAAAAGAUAAACUUGCCACACACUGCUUUGUACUCCAUCUGGAUCACCGCCCAGAUGCACCCUCACCAGCUCAAUUAUUUAGACUUCGGGAGGUGUCCGUCUUAAGCCGUUCCCGUGUACAUGACCUCUUCAUAGAGCACGAUGUUUCACAACACCACAUCGAUGAUUUUCUCACUGACCUCAGAGGCGAAAACACAGUACAGAUUAUAGUUUUUGCAGAUGAUCUCAAACUUAUGCGCCUAUUCUAUUUCUCAAUACGAGAUAUUGUUAAACGUCAGGCAAAAGAAUUAGAUGACAUUGAUAGAAUGAUAAUGGAUGGUGUUCCCCGUGCUUUCCAAGCUUCAGUGGAAGCAGGUAACAGUUAUCCAAAAAUGACAGUUACCGGUCACAAACAAUAUCUUCCCUUCAUCGCAUACUCGAUGGCUCGAGCCAAAGCAGAGGCCAGUCCUGAUGCACAGGACGACUCUUGA